ACCCUUUUGUUCUUCUAUCUCCAUGUCUGUACAAAAUGAUGUAUGCAUUCCUGUUUCUGAGGACAAAUCCGAAUGGGAAGUUGGCCAAGUCACCCAAGUGUCUUUAGAGGAAAGUUUCGACUACUCGCAAAGGGGACAGUGGCUCCGUGCUGCUGUUCUGGGAGCCACUGAUGGUCUAGUUUCUGUUGCAUCUUUGAUGAUGGGUGUUGGAGCCGUCAAACACGAUGUGAGAGCCAUGAUUCUUACUGGCUUUGCUGGUUUAGUUGCUGGCGCUUGCAGUAUGGCUAUAGGUGAAUUUGUUUCAGUCUACUCCCAACGAGACGUUGAGGUGGCCCAGUUAAAGAGGCAGAAUAUCGUUACUGGAGAUGAUAAUAGAAGUGAGAAGGAAGCACUGCCGAAUCCUGUUCAGGCAGCUGUAGCAUCAGCAGUUGCAUUUAUGUUAGGUGCCAUUAUACCCUUACUCGCUGCUGCUUUUGUAAUGGACCAUAAGGUUAGGCUGGGUGUGGUGGUAGCCACAGUGAGCUUGGCACUUGUGGUUUUUGGGUGGGUUGGAGCUGUUUUAGGUAGGAGUCCGGUAAUGAAGUCUUGUUUUAGGAUUCUUGUUGGAGGGUGGAUGGCUAUGGCCAUUACAUUUGGACUGACUAAGUGGAUAGGCUCUACUGGACUAUAGCUUUACAGUAGUUUGUAUUUUACCUGGU